AUGGAUGACAACAAGCAGAACCAAAUCGGUGCGCAAGCAAGCAAGCACCAGAAUCAUCACCACGGGACUGGGCCUGUCACCAAAGGCCGUUCCGGGUUUCAGGGCAGUCUGCCAAUGCCCAAGGCGGUCUUGGUGUACCCCUUCGGCAGACCGUUGAUGAGGCGCCAACUGGGCGAUACUGAUGUUUACACGGCAGUGAGGAUGAGCCUGGGCGUCCCGCACUUGACGCCCGGCAUGCUUGACACGUCUUCUCAUGCAUUUCUUGAGGAGGCGACAAAGAUGCUGCAAGAGAAUCAGAACAAGCAGCUCCCCUACAACCCUCUCAAGUUCAUGAAAAUCCUUCGCAAGCGCCCUGCCCUUCGAGAGUCGUGGCUCAGGCGAAACUCCAGCUUCCUCCUCACAGUCUUCGUCAUCCUCCGCGCCGCCCGAUGGUAG